AUGGCGGACGGGAGAGGCAUUAGGCUUACGUACGGUGGUCGUGGGGGCGGCAUUUCCGGCGGCGAGCAGAUUGAGGGUUCGAGCGCUCGACAUGCAAGAUCGAGACGUUUGAAUGCAUCAGUGAGGAGGGAGUUAGGUGGUGCAGGACCUUCGGAGGCACCGUUUCACCGUGAGCAGCAGUACGGGUCUGCUCGUACUUGUUCGGGGGAGCAUCAGUCAGACAUGAGCGCCCCCAUGUACUCGUCGGGUAGAGUUCCUGUAUCUAACGAAGAGGACGACGAUGAGCGAGCUAGUUAUGCUAGUCGAGAUUCAGAGUACGACCCUCAGGAUUACCGUACUGUGUAUAGGGGUGACCAUGGGAGAUAUGGUAGUAGUAGUGAACCAGGUGAAGGUUCUACCAGCUCGUCUGAGUCGUGGGUGGUUCGGGGGCCGAUGCCAGGUGGGCCUGAGGAUGGUACUGCCAUUCCUAGUUUUGGGGGUCACGUGGCUUCAUAUCUAUGGGGUGGGCAGGAGAGAAAUGUUCUGCGGUGUUUGAGCAGGACACAGUUGUGUACUGAGUUGGGUAACUGGCGCGCUCGUCUUCCGCAGGAGCACCUGGAACUGAUUGAUGGCAGUGGUCUAUCUCACUUACCCGGGAUCAUGUUUUGGCGAUUUGACUGGCCCCUGAUUUCUGCUUUUGUUGAGAGAUGGCAGCCAGACACGAACUCGUUUCACAUGCCAUUUUAG